AUGGCUAUGGUAGCAAAACAAGGUUGGUUUCUCAUGAAUAACACGCAAGCGUUGAUGUCAAGGUUCUUUAAAGCAAGGUAUUUCCCUAAAACUACCUUCCUUGAUGCUAAUCUUGGUUAUAAUCCUAGUUUUGUUUGGAGAAGUAUUUGGAAAGUUAGAGAAGUGAUAACUUUUGGGUGUAGGUGGAGUAUAGGUGAUGGUAGCCAAAUAAAAGUUAUGAACGAACCUUGGAUUCGAGGUAAAGUAGAGGUUGUAUGCAUGGACUGCAACAACAAGUGGAAUAUGGGAGUGAUUCGCGAUUUAUUUGAUUGUGUAGGAGCGGAGGAAAUUAUUUUUGUACCGCUUGUGGAGGAUGUUAUUGCAGAUAGAUUGGUGUGGACGGAAGAAAAAGAUGGUCAGUAUAGUGUCCGGUCAGGGUAUCGAGUUUGGAAGAGUAUAAAGAAGUGUUAUAUCCAGGAGAAUCAUGAGGUUAAUUGUCAAGGUUUGUGGUCUAUCCUUGCGCCACCCCGGGUUCGGAUAAAACAACAUCAUGUUCCUUGUCGGAUUUGUACUGGAUGUUUGCCUUCCCGGGUUCGGCUAAAACAACAUCAUGUUCCUUGUCCUUCUACUUGUCAGUUUUGUGAGGUCUCUGAGGAGGAUGACUGGCACGUUUUUUUCGGGUGUCCUGGAACUAAUUCUUGUUGGACGUCAGCAAAUUUGCAUGAUACUGUCGCACCUCUUAUUAACCAUUCUGAUGACAUUAAAUCUCUUAUUUUGAAAGUUUGUAGUGUGGUGGAUAGAAAGGUGGCUGGGCGUUUUGCGAUUAUGAUUGAAACAUUAUGGCAAAAUAGGAAUAACUUUAUUUGGAACAAUAAGAAAGAGGAGGCGUCAAAGCUUGGUUGGUUAGCUUUUCACAGAUGGCAGGAUUGGUUUUUGGCUCAAAAUUUUCAGGAUAGAGAGGCGGGUGUUGCGUGGGAUGUUGGUACUUUAUCUGUGUUAGAAGCAGAGGCAAUGGCUUUGAAGGAAGCUAUCCAAGGAGCUUUAGCUUUUAAUCUCGAUCAUAUAGUUUUUGCAAGUGACUCGCAAAAGGUGGUGCAAGCUAUCCAAUCCAAUAUUGUCGGAAGUUCCGAGUUUAGCUAUAUUAUUCGUUCUAUUAAACGUUUGUUAAUUGAUUUUCCAAACUUCGAGCUCAUUAAUCCGGAGUAA